AAGUAUACCUCCGUCCCUGCGCGCCUGAAUGUUACGGAAGCGUAGGUUCCAGAACUAGCUUCCGCGCUUCUAUUGGCUGGCGCGGCUUGGGAACCCUCGCCUCUGCGGAACCUAGGGAUGGCAGGCGAUUGGUCGAGGAGAGGAGGUAGGCGGAGACAGGUGAGCAGGAGGCGGGCUUUCAUUGGCUGCGCUGAAGUUGGAAAGAAGGAAGCGGUCGUUAAGAGCUUCGCCAUGGCCUACGGGGAUGAUGGACACAACCUGAGGGAAGUGCUGGCCACUUUCAAGUCCUGUAUUGACGAGAAGUCGGAAAUCCUAAUGGACCCUUACUUAGCAGGCUGGAAAGGGCUUGUCAGGUUUCUGAACACCAUGGGCACGAUCUUCACCUUCGUUUCCAAAGACGCAGUGGCCAAAAUCCAAAUCAUGGAGGAAUUCCGAAGCGGCCCCCAUAAGGAGAGCUACAGAACCCUUCAAUCCAUGGUGAGCUACGAGAUGGCCAACAACCUGGUAGACCUGAAGAAGAACACCGAACGCCCCGUAUCGGGCUGCCGGACGAUCCUGCGCCUCCACCGGGCCCUCCUAUGGCUGCAGCUCUUCCUGGAGGGCCUGCGGACCGGUGGCGCAGACUGCAGGACGUCGGUGGUAUGCACAGAUUCAUACAAUGCCUCUCUGGCCAAUUACCACCCUUGGAUUAUCCGCAAGGCCACCACCAUUGCCUUCUGCACUCUGCCCAACCGGGAAGCUUUCUUUGAGAACAUGAAGGUGGGCAGCAACGAGGAGGCAGUGGAGAUGCUGGGAGAAGCUUUGCCCUACAUCAAGAAGCUCUACGAUAUCACACAGGAACUUUACAGCCGGCACAAACUCCUGGACCUCCCGUAGCAGAGCGGAUCCCCACAAUCAAGCGUUUCUCUGAAUGCCACAGACGAAAAAGCAAGCAUCGAUCGUACAUCUCAUGCCUAUCCAUUUCCAGGCCUGCUUGUUGGCACCAAGAUCUAGCUCUCUGCUUCUCAGCUCUCUCCUAUAAAUCAGGUUUCUUAUUGCUGGAA